UUCAUACUCAAAUACACACUUAAACACUUCAAUAGAAAAUGGGAAUCUCCAAAGCUUUUGUUGCUUCAUUUCUUCUUUCUCUAUUUCUUCUCCAACUUGUCCAAGCCUUCCAACCCAAUCAACUCGAUGAUACCAGCAAUGACAACUACCCAUCCACUAAGAUUGAUUGUGAAGGGGCAUGUGCAGCAAGGUGCAAACUAUCAAAGAGGCCAAAUCUAUGCAACAGGUCAUGCGGGUCAUGUUGUGGAAGGUGCAACUGUGUGCCUCCGGGCACCUCGGGCAACUACGAAUCGUGUGCUUGCUAUGCAAAUUUGACCACCCGAGGCAACAAGAAGAAGUGCCCUUAAGAAUUCCUCCAAAAGAUCAAAAAAAUUUAUUACUUAUUCAUGAAUCAUCCUUGCUAAUAAAAGCUUAUUUCUUGUACUUCUUUCUUAUAAUUAUUUCCCAAGUUUCUCUUUCCUAAUGUAUUUAGUUAUGCCUUUAUAGAAAUAUUGAGAGAUAUGCAUGGCAAA